AUGCCUGCUGCCAUUCUUGUGUGUGCCCUUCUGGCUCUUGCAACGCUGGCGGCCGUAGAUGCCACGGUGUACUUCCAUGAGGAGUUCAAGAGCCUUGAUCACUGGACCCCCUCCAAGUACCGCGAUGAUCUCGGCAAGGUGGAGCUGUCGGCGGGCGACUUCUACGCGGACGCAGAAAAGAGCAAAGGCCUCCGUCUGAUGGACGAUGCCCGCUUUUACGCCUUCUCGACGGCCCUGCCCACACCCAUCACCAACGACGGGAAGGACUUUGUGGUCUCCUUCUCGGUGAAGCACGGGCAGGAUCUGAAGUGCGGCGGCGGCUACAUCAAGCUGCUCCCCGCGAUGGAUGCGGAGAAGUUCAACGGUGAGACGAAAUACUGGCUCAUGUUCGGCCCGGACCGCUGCGGGGCAAAGAACAAGGUGCAUAUCAUCCUGCACCGCAACGGGGAGAAUCACGAGUGGUCCAAGAACAUCCACUUCCCAGAUGACAAGCUGACGCACGUGUACACCCUGCGCAUCGCCACGGACAACACGUACGAGUUCUUCCUUGACGGCGAGUCGAAGGCGAAGGGCGCCCUCGAGGAUGACUGGAGCCUUUUGCCGCCACGCGAGAUCACGGACGAGACCGACAAGAAACCCGAUGACUGGGUGGACGAGAAGACCAUGGACGACCCAGAGGACAAGAAGCCGGCGGACUGGGACGAGGAGCCCGAGAUGAUCCCGGACGAAGAGGCGAAGAAACCCGAAGACUGGGACGACGCGGAGGACGGCGCGUGGGAGGCCCCGAUGAUCCCGAACCCGAAGGCGAAGGGCGCGUGGAAGCCGCGGCAGAUCCCCAACCCUGCGUACAAGGGGGAAUGGAAGCCGCGAGUGAUUCCCAACCCGGAGUACAAGCCGGACGAUGGCCUCUACAAGAUCCCGGAGCCGCUCGCACACGUUGGAAUUGACAUCUGGCAGGUGGAGUCAGGCAGCAUCUUCAAGAACAUCGUGCUUGGCGACGACGUGGCGGAGGUGCUGGAGUUGGUGAAGGAGACGUACGGCAGCCUGAAGCAGGCGGAGGCAGAGGCGCUCAAGGCCUUUGAGACGAAGCAGGAGGCGAAGAAAGCGGAAGAGGCGAAGGAAGCGGAAGAGGCGAAGGAAGCGGAAGAUGAGAAGGAAGCGGAAGAUGAGAAGGAAGCGGAAGAUGAGAAGGAGUCGGAGGAGGUGAAGGAGUCGGAAGAAGCGAAGGACGCGGGCGCCGACGGUGACAAGGAGGACUUGUAA